ACGUGGUUGUGACGUCAUAUGUCCGCGACAAGAAAAGGCUUCAGUUGAAUUUGCCAUGGUGUUGAAGGCUUUAUAAUUAAACUUUGUUAUUGUAUCAAAUCCACACAAUGGAUGUAAACGAGGAAUAUGCCAACAGUUACGGAAUAGAAAUAAUUCUCGGUGAGGGCGGGAAAACAGCCCCGUGUUGUUCUCAUGGUCCUACCUUGCUGUUUGAGAAGGUUUGCAAAGGAGGAGAAAAAAGUCGGAGGUUUUAUGCAUGUUCAGCCUGUCGAGAUAGAAAAGACUGCAACUUCUUUCAGUGGGAAGAUGAAAAGGUUUCAGAAGCCAGGCUGCUGGCCAGAGAAGCAGAGAACCAGUCAACGAAGCCCCCUUUCACCCAUCAGGAGUACUGCAGCAGAUUUCAAAAGUUUGUCUCCCUCCCUCUGGAUGAGAAGAAGUUCUGUCAGGACUGUCAGAUUUUGCUCCUGCCAGAAGAGCACAGCCUUCACUCUGCUCACAUAUCCACUCCCAUUACUGCUGCGCAGCUGAGGAGGCCCAGUGCACUGUUGCGUCCCCUGGACAACAAGAAGAGCAACGCACAGUACCUUUUCACGGACCGCAGUGCAGACUUUCUCUUGGAUACUUUAGCAGGUCUGGGAUACAGGAAGAUACUGUGUGUGGGCACACCCAGUAAUGAGAUUGUUGCCUUUUGGGUCAGACUGCAGGAGCUGAUCAAGCUGCGAAAUCUGGAGCAAAAGCUUGAGCCAAUAAAGAGUCUCUUGCUGGACAUUGACUUCAGGUAUGCUCAGUUCUACAGUCAAGAUGAGUUCUGUCAUUACAACAUGUUUAACCAUCACUUCUUUGGUGGAGAGUCAUCCAGUGCAACCCUGAAAAACUUCCUCAGAGAGUCUGACGGGGAGAAGGUGGCAAUGGUGGCCGACCCUCCAUUUGGUGGUCUGGUGAACCCCCUGGCCAACAGUUUUUCUCUGCUAUCUCACACAUGGAAGAAGUUGCAGAGCUCUGACAGUAGUAAUGCUAACAUGCCCAUGAUCUGGAUCUUCCCUUACUUCUUUGAGCCUCGGAUACUGGAGUGUUUCCCAUCAUUCAGCAUGUUGGAUUACCAGGUGGACUAUGACAACCAUCCUCUAUAUAAACAUGGAAAGAUGGGCAGAAAACAGUCUCCUGUCAGACUCUUCACUAAUCUUUCACCCAGAGACAUCAUCCUUCCCAAAGAGGAAGGUUACAGAUUUUGCCCUUUAUGUGAGAGAUAUGUGUCAUCCCUGAACAAACACUGUGCGAAAUGCAACCUCUGCCCAUCCAAGGACGGCCGAGAAUGGAAGCACUGCUCAACCUGUGUGAAAUGUGUGAAACCGUCCUGGGAGCACUGCCAGUCCUGUGGCCGUUGUGCCCUGCCAGACCACCCAUGUACCACCCGUGAAGGGAAGGAGGGCUGCUUUAACUGCGGAAGCCCAGAGCACAAACGUAAAGACUGCUCUGUCAAACACACACACAGGUUCAACAGACAUCGGACCAAAGCCAAAGUUGGAGGGAAAAAAGGAUCCCCUCAGUCCCUCCUCAGGCCUAAAGCAAAGAGGAAGUCUGGUGCAGCUCGCAGAGCAAAGUUGUUGGCUGCAAAAUCUCUGUGACUUCAGUAGUCAGGCAGUACCUUCUCAUCUGUGCAAUGCAAAGCAAUAUUAUUUUCCUUUUCAGCAUGAUUUUUUUUGGCAGUAAUUUAAAGUGUUGUAACAGAAUAAAACUUGAAGGGAGA